AUGGAGCAACAGCUGGAGUACGAGGAAUUGGAUUCCGGACCAGCGCGGCGUAUUUGUAUCGCUGCCUAUCAAUUCGACCGGUGUCUUUGCGCAGCUGUGUUUUGCUUUGUUUGCAUCUACCACCUGGCAACCUUCAGCCAAAACCUACUUGCAAAGUUCCGAUUGCAGCCCCCUCGGCAUGAAUAUCAGUUCGAUUGCGUGCAUAAUGGCUUUUGUGGCAUCACCGACAUCGACUGGGAGUCCGAUGUCGUGCCCAUCUUCACCUUGAUCUGGAAGAACCGCUCUGAGACGUCCGUGUACGCCGCGACCGCUUGGCCAAGCCCAGGGAAAGACGAGUGCCUCGUCCUCUGUGCGAAGAAUAAGAGCUGCACGGGGUACUCUUGGCGCGGAUGGUGUUCACUGGCACCGUGGCGCGUGCAAUGUUACAUCCACCUUUGGACGGCUCUGGAAAAGCUGCGGCAGCUCGAACUGCUCAACUUGCACAAGGUCAACCGCGUGGCUUUGGACACCGCCAGCUACAACACGGUCCUGGACGCCCUGCGUGCCCACAGUCGUCUGGCACAGGCGUUGCUGGCGGAGAUGGCGGUGCAACAGUUGGCACCUAACAUGGUAUCCUUCGGUGCUGUCGGCGCGGCUUUUGCCCAGGGACUGCAGUGGAUCGAGGGCUGGCUUUUGUGCCAGGCGCUGGAAUUGAUGAAGCACGCCCAGGAUGCUUCCGUCGCCCUGAGCACCAUCACCUGCAACAGCCUCAUCACCGCCUGCGAGCGUGCCACCCAAUGGUCUGUUUGCCUUGAGCUCCUUGGCGAUCUGGGUGCGGCCGCCAGCAUCGUCUCCUUCAACGCUGCAAUCAGUGCCUGCGCCCGCGAUCAACGUAGUCAACGCGCUUGGCAGCUCUACCAGCAGCUUCAAGCCGCUCGCCUGGAGCCCAGCAUGGUCACCUUCAACGCCCUCAUCCAUGCACAAAGUCGAGCCUCCAUGCUGGAUCUUGUCCACGUGCUCCUCCGAGACCUGGGCCAGAGGAAGCUGCAACCAGACGCCGUGACACACAACGCCAUCAUCGCUGGCUGCGCCUCACGCCACCUCUGGGAGCGAGCCUUGCACUAUGGGGAGAGCGUUCCGAGGAAGGAUGUCAUUACCUACAACGGCCUCAUCACUGCUUGCGAGAAGGGACAGCAGUGGGAGCAGGCCCUGAUGUUCCUGGCCCGACUUCAUCAGGCGAAGUUCCAGGGCACCGUGGUCUCUUUCAGCGCCGCCAUCAGCGCCUGUGAGCAGGUGCAGAGCUGGCCAGCAGUGAUCGAACUCCUCGCGGGCAUGGACCGCCAGGAGAUGGAGGCCAACGUAAUCACGUACAGCUCUGCUGCCAGUGCCUUCGAGAAAGCGAGCCGCUGGUCGGAGGUCCUGUGGCUGCUCUCCGAGAUGACCAAGCGAGAGCUGCAGCCGAACGUCAUCACCUACACUUCAGCCAUGAGCGGGUGCGAGAUGUCCCAGCGUUGGGAGCAUUCCCUGCUGCUCUUUCAGGACAUGCAGAGGCUUGCUCUGGCUCCCGGUGUGCUGGUCCGCAACGUCGCGGCGCUGGCCCUUGAGAAAGGCCAGCGGCUCCCAGCGUCGCGCACGAAGGCCCAGCGGCUUCUCAUGGCCUCCACGCUACGCUGCGGCCAGAUGUCUGCCAGAGGGGAAGUGGUGACCCGUAUAGUCCUACAGCCGAUGGUGAAGGAACUCUUGACCCUCCCCUCCCUGACGAGGGGCACGCGACUGGGAGGAGGGCUGCACGACGUGGGCCUGGCUUGGCGCGAGAACGUUUGCGACCUUGGCCCGCACUUCACUCGCGACGCUGCGGAGUGGCUGGGCACGUUUGACAUGACCUUUGCGAGUCCAACUGCCUCACAGGUCUGGCUGCGUCGUGCCAGCCUGGCCCUGGGCCCAGAGCCAGUGGCCAAGGAGUCAGCUGACCACGAGCUCUAUGUCCUGAGCCAGGACAAGUUCCAGCGAAACUACAAGCCGCUGGAGGGGGACGUCGAAGACGUGGACACGCAUGGCAGCUUGAAGGAGGGUCGCCCUGGUUGCGAGGUUGGUGAAGUCAACCUCGUAGCUGUCGGCGGCCGUGGCAAUGGCGUCAGCCGAGGGAGCUGA